AUGACGACAAUACCUGUCAGAAGCUUUUCCGUCUUGGCAGGAGCGACGCUGCUGGUCAUGACGUCAAUCGUCGGCUCUGAAGAUGAAACUGGAUAUUUCUGGCACGUGACAGACUUCCAUUAUGACAAGGAAUACAAUAUCCACGGUGAUCGGAACUCCAUGUGCCAUCUGGUCCCCAACCGGCCUGGCUCCGGUGACAUAGGCCCCUACGGCGACGCUAAGUGCGACGCGCCCAGGCUGCUCGUGGAAUCGGCCGUGGCCGCCAUGCGGAGCAUCGAGCCGAACCCGGACUUCGUGCUAUGGACCGGGGACAACCUGCCGCACGUGAAAGACGUCCUCUGGUCAGAGGUGUAUGCGGAGAUCCGGUGGCUCGCUCAGCGGCUGAGCGAAGCGUUCCCUGGGUGUCCCGUAGUGCCCACGCUCGGCAAUCACGAUUGUUCGCCGCCUAAUUAUAUGCGUCCCAACAACAUGUCCAUGUUCCUCUUUGAUGCUGGCUUCAAUGAGCUUCUGCCCUCGUCCUCCUGGAGCACCUUCGAGAAGGCUGGGUACUACAAUUGGACAGUAAGCGGAUCUCUACGACUGGUUUGCCUCAAUAGCAUUCUAUGGUACACUGGAAACCGAGCACCGGCUCUCGAGAGAAGCGCGAAGGACCAGCUGGUGUGGCUGCACAAGCAACUUCGAGAGGCCCAGCAGUUGGGACAGAAGGUCUUCAUCUCGGGCCACGUGGCGCCGGGCUUCUACAGCCGCGCGGUGUCACCGGAGGUUGGUGUUUCGGGUCUGUUCCAAGACGGGAUCAACGAAGCCUACCAGGAUUUGAUAGCGGACUUCACGGACGUGAUUUCUGGGCAGUUUUUCGGCCACCAACACGGUAACGCUUUUGUGAUCCUGUCUAACGCCAACGGGCGACCUGUGGGCAGCGCCCAGGUGGCCGCGUCGGUCACUCCAUGGACCACAUCAGACAAGUUUAACCGCAGGUUGUCAAUUACCACGAACCCGAUGGUGCGGCUCUACAAGUACAACCGUACCUCGACCAGGCUGCUCGACUACACCGUGUACUACCUUGACUUCGACAAAGCCAAUAACCACCCCAAUGAGACUCCAAAGUGGGAGACACUUUACACGCUGACGACGCAGUACGGUCUGCCCGACGCGAGUACCGCCUCUAUGGUGAACCUAUCCCAGCGGCUGAACAGAUCUUCCGAACUCCUGGAUGCGUACAUCGGGCUGGCCACGGCCUUUAAGGAUGAGUAUCCUUGCGACUCUUUCUGCCGUCAAGUCCAGCUAUGCAGUGUCUUGUGUUCUAGGGCGGGGGCUCACAGGCUAUGCAUGUCCACCUCCACCGAUUGGGAGUGCAAUGCCCCGUCCCCCGAGCCAGCCACCGAUCGGCUUACCAGCUACCAUGAGAACGUUCUUACUGGCGUGGUGCUGACCUUUCUCGUUGUCGUCUGCCUCGUGGUGGUGGUGCGCACCAAGUGGGAUAUGAGAAUGUGA